AUGAUCAACAUGAAUUCGAAUAACAUCAAUAUAUAACAAUCUUCAUUUUAUUUAGUUAUUAUUUUGAAUGCUUUCUUCUUGAUGUAUUUCAUAUUCAUGCUUAUUAAAGAAAAAAUCUAGUACAAUUAAAAAACACUAAUCUACCCAUGCAUUUAAUCUUUAAUUAAUAGAGUGCCAUAUCUAUAAAAAUAUUUUUAGCUCACAGAAAAUUUGUAUUUGUCUCAUAAAGGAUGGAAAAAACUUUAAGCAGCAAUAAAAAGAGUUGGUUACCAAAAAUUAACUCUUUAUUGCUUAUAAAAAGACCAAAAGAUAACAAGCUCAUUUGCUAAUCUCUUUGUGAAUAAUUAAUAAUCUUCGUAAUCAUCAAACGAUGUUUCGAUAAAACUUAAAAAAUCAAAAGAUUCAGAAAAAGCAAAACCUAAACUGAACUUCAACUCAAGAAAUGUAAUUCACAAGAAGAGCAUUUAUAACACAUCAAAAUAAAAUGAUCUCAAAAAUAUUAGACCAAUAAUUCCAUAAGUUUUAUCAUCUGACUAAAAAUUGGAGUUGAUAUAAUCCAUAGGAUAAUCCUAAUCAUUAGUAGUUCCUGACGAAAAUGCUUUUUCUGCAUAAAAAAUAGUAAAUUAUGUAAUCUAGAUAGAUGAUAAAAUUAAGUUAGGUGAAGAUAUUAAGAAUAAUAAUAAUAAUAUUAAUGAGGGCUAAAUUGAAGUUGUGCAAUAAUUACCAGAAAUAUAAAAUAUAAAAACAAUUAAUGGAAUUAAUACUAAUUAAUGA